CCACGUUUGCAAAGGUUAUUUAUGUCUUCUAAAACUGCUGAACAUAUGAGGUGGCAUUCUGUGGAUAGUAAUAAAGAUGGCUUGAUGAGGCACCCGAGAGACUCUGAGGCGUGGAAGAGAUUCGAUGAAACACACAUUGAAUUCGCAUCAGAUCCACGGAAUGUUAGGCUUGGGUUAGCUAGUGAUGGCUUCAAUCCUUUCAGAACUUUGAGUACCAACUAUAGCAUUUGGCCUGUGAUUCUUAUACCGUACAACUUACCCCCUUGGAUGUGUAUGAAGCAGACUUCCUUCAUCCUUUCAAUGAUCAUUCCGGGAAAGCAAAUGCCAGGGAAUGAUAUCGAUGUUUACUUACAACCCUUGAUUAAAGACUUGAAGGAUUUGUGGGAUGGUGGUGUGGAAACAUUUGACGCUUCACUCAAUCAAAUGUUUAAUAUGCGCGCUGCAUUGAUGUGGACAAUUAGCGAUUUUCCUGGGCUUGGUAAUUUAUCUGGGUGGAACACACACACUGGUUCAGCUUGUCCAACUUGUAAUUUUGACACUGUUGCCCAUCGUCUACCUCAUAGUAGAAAGUGGAGUUUUAUGGGUCAUCGUCGAUUUUUAGAGCCAAAUCAUAGAUUCAGGUUUAACCGUGUUCACUUUGAUGGUAAUACAGAGUUUAGGAAUCCACCAGUGGCACUAUCAGGUUCAGAGAUAUUCAAGCAGUUGGAAAAUGUUCAUGUUACAUUUGGGAAAGGGAUGGAGGUUGAAGAUAACAGAAAAAGAACUCACCGAAAAAAUACUGUAGAAAGUGGUUGUCAACAAUGGAGAAAGAAAAGUAUAUUUUUCCAACUUCCUUAUUGGGAGUACAACUUGUUGCGCCAUAACCUUGAUGUUAUGCACAUUGAGAAGAAUGUGUGUGAUAAUGUCUUGUACACCAUUCUCAAUGAAAGUGGAAAAACAAAAGAUAAUCUCAAUGCUCGAAAAGACUUGAAAGAGAUGGGCGUAAGAAGUGAUCUUUGGCCAAAUGAAAAUGGACAAUAUCGACCUACUUUAUUUACAAUGUCAAAUGCCCAAAAAGAUGUAUUCCUUACAACUUUGAAGAAUGUUUUAGUGCCUGAUGGUUACUCAAGUAACAUUGCUAGGUGUAUUGAUCUAAAGCAUCGGAAGAUAUUUGGUUUGAAAAGUCAUGAUUCACAUAUUCUUAUGGAGCAACUGCUACCAAUAUCAAUUAGAAAUGUGUUGCCUAACCAAGUGUCUGCCGUUUUAGUUGAUUUGUGCUCAAUAUUUAGGCAAAUAUGUGGCAAGGUGUUGAAUCCUCUAGACUUUGACAAGCUCCAACGUCGAGUCAUUCUCACACAAUGCCAUAUGGAAAUGCUUUUUCCACCUGGGUUCUUUACAGUCAUGGUUCAUUUGGUUGUGCAUCUAGUGAAUGAACUGAAGCUUGGAGGCCCAGUACAUUAUCGAUGGAUGUAUCCUAUAGAAAGAUACUUGGGACAUUUGAAGUCCUAUGUACGUAACAGGGCACAACCAGAAGGUUCCAUUGCUGAAGGUUAUUUGGCUGAAGAAUGUUUGACCUUUUGUUCAAGAUACUUGGAGGGCAUUGAGACAAGAUUCAACCAGCUUGGACGUGUUGAUGAUCAAACGACAAACAAUGAAUCGUCUCAAGUUUCAAUGUUUUUUACUGAAAUAGGGAAAUUAGUUGGGAGUACUUCAUAUUUCAACCUUACCCAUAUUGAGAAACGACAAGCACACAGAUAUGUGUUGAUGAAUUCAGAACUAGUCGAUCGGUUUGUGAAGUGAGUUCGUACAUAAAAGAUAUAUAAUUUAUCAAAAUCCCUUAUUUUCCUAUCUUGUUGCGUUAAUGACUUAAUUUUAUAUAGGGAAUUUAGAGAGAUAACCAAGA